AUGGAUAAUCGUCACCUGUUAAAUAACCACAAUGAACUGAUCCCCAACGGACGCACUUCCAUGCCUGUUGCGCCACACAAAGAAGCUUCACUGGAGUCUAUUUUUGUCACUGACUCGCGGACAACUCCAACGUUAAUUUCUACUCCAAUGAACGUCAAAAUUACCGCGGAAGGUUUGAAAAUGGAACCUGGACUUGAGGCUCAACUGGCUGGAUUGCAGACCUCGACUUGUGGACCUGUUGCAAUGGCUUCUCUACCUAUUAGUGCCCUAAAUUCAAGUGAAAAGCUGAACGUUCAAGUGAGUGAUUUGGAAAAUAUUCCUAUCUUGAACCCCAUUGAUGGACGUACCGUGGAUUUACAAUCCUUGGCUGCCAACAGCCAAUCCAUACCCGGCGUUCAAAUGGUGAAACUCACUCUUAUCAACUGUGGUGACCAACAGACAAUUUUGUUGACGACCCCUUCUGGACCACUGAGUGGUUGGGACCAGUCAGCAGACGGUCUUACCAUCACAAUUCCCGAAAAUCUUUUGGGUGGAAAUGAUCUUAACCUAGCUGGACUGUCUACUGUACCAGUUGCUAGCAUCCCCCAAUCACAACCGCCUGUACUUGAACCCGAACCUUCUGGGAUUUCCGAUAAGGUGAACUAUGCUACGAUCACCUCUCUACCUCCCAUCACCUCGGUGUCCGACAAGCUGUACGCACAAAAAGUCCCAACCAGUGCCCCGUCGAUGGUCGACGCUACUCAAAACUACGCCCUUCAAGAUCUUGUCCCCCUCCUUACAAGCAAUGGUGAUAAAACGAAAUUGCUGGAUAAGACAGCUCCCAGUUCCAGUGUUUUCCAGACCAACACAGCUGACUUCUUCCAAACUCCCACUGUACCCAUCACUCUCAAUCUACCUGCUGAAUCCUCUGUUUCUCUAGUGGACUAUGCUACAACGGAACUUAAAAUCGCUCGACCCAUAAGUCCAGAUGACCCUAGUCCACCUAGUAACAAUGCCGAUAAUCUGAGUGACGCAGAUCGUGAGACCAUGAGUCCCGGAAUCGAUUGUACAGAAAUAAACACAAGGGAACUGGCACUACAGAUCAGCAGUGAAUUGAAACGGUACAGUAUUCCUCAGGCGGUAUUUGCUCAAAAGAUACUUCACAGAAGUCAGGGUACCCUCUCCGACCUUUUGAGGAAUCCCAAGCCCUGGAGUAAGCUGAAAUCCGGCCGCGAGACCUUUAAGCGAAUGUGGAAGUGGUUACACGAACCACAGCCUCAACGCAUGGCCGAACUCAAAGCGGCAACUACCGAAACGGAAAUUUAUCCUCCAAAGCGCAAGUCCAGUGAAGUAAAGCCGGGUGAAGAAAAGUCGGCCAAAAGACCUCGUCUCGUCUUCACGGAUAUUCAACGGCGAACACUUCAUGCCAUCUUCAAGGAGACAAAAAGACCCAGUAAAGAGAUGCAGGUAACUAUAGCCCAGCAGUUAGACCUCGAGGUCUCUACUGUGGCCAACUUCUUCAUGAAUGCUCGCAGACGAUCUGUGGAUAAGUGGCAGGAUGAUAAUGAGGUUCGACAAAAUGAUUCUCCCUCGCCAUCACACAGUGUCGAUGACACUUCGCCCACGCAGCCCUCUCAGGCCACUUCCAACUCUCAACCUCCCAAUCUGCACGCAGUAUCCGUCUCCUCUGCUUCUUCCAACGAUCCACUGUUGGCCUCCCAAGUCCUUCCUUCUGACAGUCUGCAGGAUAAUCCUCUACUCUCAUCAGGCGCCGCAACCGGCGUUGAUUUCUCGGACUCUCCGGCUCCGCCUAGUCUGACUCCCGACACCGUAGUGACUAGUAGUCUCACUCUGGCUGGUGGCGAUCUGCCCACUCAAGUUCCAGUUUCUGGUGGCAUUCUCGUCACAACCUCCGCUCCCUCGGACACAAACUCUACUACUGCUGUUCCCCAGCUGCUCACGCAUUCAAUGCAGCUGCUUCCUGGCGCACAGAGCGCCAUCCUUAUCAACACUCCUCUGGACACAGGAGCUUGUGGAGGUGGGAGGGAUGAUCAAAGUACCGCCACAGCCAAUGCUGCUACUGCCUGUUUGAUCUCGGGGCUACCGGUUUCUUUGGACUCACUUUCUCUCCCCCCUGCUCUCUUCCCGACCCCCUCCAGCGCCUCCGGCCCAACUCUCUUCCGAACUGAACCAGCUGCAGAUUCGCCAAAUCCGGGGCUCGUCCUACCUUCCGCUUCCACGCUCAUUGGCCACGAUAGAGGGGUACAAUCCUCUGGAACAGGAGCAACGACGGUCACUACGACGACGGCAGUCCCCUUGCGACAAAUUAAGCAGGAGAGUCCCAUGGCUGCCGGACCUCCCACACAUGUGGCGAUUCCUAUUAACCCGAAGAAGUAG